AUGCCGGCCGCGGGGCGGGGCGGGGCGGGCAGGGCCCGGGGGCGGCCCGGAGAGGGGCGGGGCGGGGCGGCGGGCGGUGCUGUCAGUGCUGGGCGGCGAGCGGAAUGCAGCGGCCCGAGGCCCUGGCCACGUCCGCACCCGGGGGAGGGGGCUGCGGCUGCCCGGAUCGGGGGCCCGGCGCCGCCCACCGGGGUCGGGGAGCCCUCGGGGCCGCGGCUGCAGGAACCUUCCCUCUACACCAUCAAGGCCGUGUUCAUCCUAGAUCAUGAUGGGCGUCGCCUCCUGGCCAAGUAUUAUGAUGACACAUUCCCCUCCAUAAAGGAGCAGAUGAUCUUUGAGAAAAAUGUCUUCAACAAGACCAGCCGGACAGAGAGUGAGAUUGCAUUUUUCGGGGGCACAACGGUUGUCUACAAGAGCAGCAUUGACCUCCUCCUGUAUGUGGUGGGCUCCUCCCAUGAGAAUGAGCUGAUGCUCAUGUCUGUUCUCACCUGCCUGUUUGAUUCUCUGAGUCAUGUGCUAAGGAAGAAUGUGGAGAAGCGCUGGUUGCUGGAAAACAUGGACGGAGCCUUCUUGGUGCUGGACGAGAUUGUGGAUGGCGGUGUGAUUCUGGAGAGUGAUCCCCAACAAGUGAUCCAGAAGAUAAAUUUUAGGGCGGAUGAUAGCAACCUGACUGAGCAGAGUGUGGCCCAGGUUCUUCAGUCUGCCAAGGAACAAAUUAAGUGGUCCUUACUGAAAUGAAGGCUGUGGAUUCAAGGCUUCCUUCCCCAAGAGGGCUCCUUUUCCCAUCUUGGCAAAAGCUUCCUACAGACUCCGAGGGAAAGCAGAAACCCCUCUGCCUUCCCGGGCCUCUUCCAGAACCCAUCCCUGAGGUUUCCCAGCCAGGGGUUCUGGGAAACCAAGGCUUGGUCUGGCUCUGUUGCCUCUGCUCAAAGUCCUGGCCUGGCGCUGGGGCCAUGGAGACCCAGCUAAGCUGCCUGCACCCAGAUUUUCAGAGUUCCUGGCCUAAUAAACCUGCUUCUCUCUG